CUGUUUGUUCACACAGCAUCACAGAUGGAUCCUAAAAGCAUGAUAGUGAAUGGAAAAAGUAGUUUAUAUUCAUUAGAAGACACUUCUACAGCCCAAUGUCUCAGCCAAUAACUUAGCCCCUGAAGAGCAUGUGGAAUCCAUCAGCCUGCACUGCUUCCCCCCAAGGAGUACAGUGGCCCUCCCUCCGGUGGUAUGUCAAUGGCCAGAGUAUCUUCCCUGGUGGCCACAUGGAGCUGUCCUCAGACCACAGGAUGCUGACUCUGCACAACAUCAGCAGGAACGACACAGGGCACUACCAGUGUGAGAGUAGGAACUCAGCCGCCAGCAGCAUCAGCGACCCCGUCCUUGUCAAAGUCAUUUGUCGAUUCUCGGCAGAUGGCCCAGACCUUCCCGUGGUCAACCCUCCAGACCCAGAGGUCAGGGCUGGUGCAGCCCUCACCCUGUCCUGCUUUGCCGACUCAAACCCCCCUGCCCAGUACCGUUGGGAGGUGGAUGGGAAGCCAGGCCCUGCCACCCAGCACCUGGUCAUUGCUGAGGUCUCCUUGGACCAGGAGGGCAGGUACACCUGCAAAGCCUCCAACAGCAUCACUCACCUUUGCCGCUCAGCCAAUGGGAAGAUCUGGAUCUCAGGUGGGUGUGGAGGUGUCAUGGUGACAGUGGCUCAGGCUCUCUUGCCUUUAUACAGGUGGCGAUGGGGGUUGUGUCAGCCAUACACUUAUCUCAGGAAAGCUGCACGCUCCCUUCCCCAAAACUCGAUGGCUCAAGACAGUGAACCUGUGUUAUGACUCACACAUCUAUGGGUGAUUCUUCUGGAAUUGGCUGGAUCACUCAUGCAUCUGUGGUCAGUCGCAGGUGGCUCUGCUGAUCUUGGGGGCCAGCUGGUGUGGGAUGCCCAGACUCUUGGUAUCUUAUCCUCCAGCAGGCCAGCCUGGGCUGGGUUUAUAUCAUACAUAGGCAGAGGAG